GAGAGAGUGAGAGUGAGAGACGCAGGAAGCUAUAAGGGAGUAAGAACUGGAAAAACUGAUGACAGGAAGACGCAGAGAUAAAGUAAGGACACGUGUGACAGAAGAGCAGGUGGACUGGACAGGAGCCUGCAUUACAGACAAGGAUAUAUUUUAAAGGAAGUUUCCUAUGACUUCAAACCAGAAAGAAAAAGGAUGGGAUGUGCACUCUGUUUGCUGCAGGCCACAAAGUGGGUCAACACCUGAGAAGAGCAGCAGGGACUGAGGCAGUUUUGUCCUGCUAAGAGAGCACAUGAGAGGGGGGAGAGGAACUGAACUGCUGGAGAAACAAGACACAGAAAAAAGCAGGAUUGGAAAGAAAGCACUUGUUAAUUGUGAGCCGCUUUGAAACAGACACAUUUGAGUCUUCCAGAUCAUUAACCUAUGAACAGCAACACAGUUAAACUGGUUUCACAGGCUAAAUGUGGAGUAAUGUAACUGAAUUGACCCUGUCUACAGUAUAGGAGCGAGCACACUCAGAGUCAAAUACUCUAACCUCCACAAUGCAGACCCCAGGACCUGAGCAUGAUGAGUCCUUUGACUUCCUGUUUAAGAUCAUCCUGAUCGGAGACUCUAAUGUAGGGAAGACCUGCUUGGUUCAGAAUUUUAAGUCGGGGAUCUUCUCAGAGAGACAGCAGAACACCAUCGGGGUGGAUUUCACCGUACGGACCGUGGAUAUCGAGGGGAAGAAAGUUAAGAUGCAGGUGUGGGACACGGCAGGUCAGGAGAGGUUUCGGACGAUCACUCAGAGCUACUACCGCAGCGCACACGGCGCCAUCAUCGCCUAUGACAUCACUCGACAUGCGACCUUUGACUCUGUGUCUCACUGGAUUAAGGAGGUGGAGCUCUAUGGAGCAAAUAAUGUAGUGCUGGUUCUGAUAGGUAACAAAAGUGACAUGGAGAAGGAAAGGCAGGUUCAGUUCGAGGAAGCCUGCAAUCUGUCAAAGGAGAAAGAAAUACUAGCUGCUCUAGAAACAUCUGCCAAGGAGAGUCAGAAUGUGGAAGAAGCAUUCAUCAUGAUGGCCAGAGAGCUGCUGUCUCGUAACGGCCUCAAUGUCCAGCAGGACGAUUUGGAGAGAAACAACACGCCUCGAGUCCUCCUAAGGUCCAACUCUAGGCCGGUUAAUGGUAUCAUGACUGCUCAGACAUCAUCAGAGAAGAAGACAUGUUGCUGAUCACAACGUGGAGAGGACAGGGAAGUGGGCAAGGACACUUAUGGACAGAGAAGAAGAGGAAUGGAAGAAGACGUAUUGAUUUGGAAUAGGGCUGGACUCAAGACUUCAUGACGUUUUUAGAAACUAUGGAGGAAUUAAUUCUGCAUACUCUUUUGUAGGUUACCAAGUCGGAGAUUAUUGUUGGGGCUAAAAGAAAAUGUCUUGGCAUGUUAAGUAAUAGGGAAGUAAGAAACAGUGGGUACAGUUACAGCUAUCUUCUUUAUAUCAGCUAUACCUGGAUUGUUUGAUGUGUUUUCCAAUGAGUUUAAAGGUUGCACUACCAAUAUUGAUGCAGAUAUCAACAAAAUAACUUUUCCAAGAGUCCUCAAAAUCCGGGAUAGACUAUAAGAUGUUAUACCUGACUCUUGAGUAUUUCACCCAUGUGGUGCCGCUAUGACGAGAUGUGAUCUUCUGCUGCUGUGCUCCAGAUGAAAACGUCCUGGAGAAACUGCUACGAGCCAAAAGACUGUGAAUUAUCAAUAUUUGUUACAGUAUGAUGUGUUAUGUUGUCAUAAAUUAAUAUAAAAGGC